GGCUGCUGCGGGAACCGUCCCCCAGCGCAGAGGGGUGGGAGGGAAGAGCCGGUUCCCGGCCCUUGCCCUGUGUGAUUUUGACCUCCUCCUGCUGUCCCUGCAGCUCUCCUCCCUCCUGCUUCCUCACUGUGGUGGCUGGGCUAUUCCUCCCAUGACUCUCUGCGUCUAGACCUGGCUGUCCCGUGCCUUUGCAAUCAAACCUGAGCUUCCUCCUCUGACAGUGCAGAGAGGGGCUCCUGCCCUUCUGGGUCACUUUUCUGCCCCUCGCCUGACGCCAAGCCGCCUCUGCUUGUGCCUCCCUGUGCCCUCCAUCCCACCCUGCCCGCCCUGGGCGCCCGGCACCUAUGGACGACUCGGAGGUGGAGUCGACCGCCAGCAUCCUUGCCUCUGUCAAGGAGCAGGAGGCGCAGUUCGAGAAGCUGACGCGGGCGCUCGAGGAGGAGCGGCGCCACGUCUCAGCCCAGCUGGAGCGAGUCCGGGUCUCCCCGCAGGACGCCGGCCCGGGCUUGGCCAACGGCACGCUGCCCCGGCGGCACCAGAACGGCCGUUUCUUGGGCGAUGCUGACCUGGAAAGGCAGAAAUACCAAGAUCUGAAGCUCAACGGGCCACAGGACCACAGCCACCUCUUGUACAGCACAAUUCCCAGGAUGCAGGACCCGGGCCAGAUCGUGGAGGAGACAUACACCAUGGAGGAGGACCCAGAAGGGGCCAUGUCAGUCGUGUCUGUGGAGACAUCAGAUGAUGGGACAACCCGGCGUACAGAGACCACGGUGAAGAAAGUGGUGAAGACAGUGACCACCCGGACGGUGCAGCAGGUGCCAGUGGGGCCGGACGGGUUGCCUUUGGAAACCUCCCCAGUCACCAGCAACUACGUCCAGACCAUGGACAGGAACUUCCGCAAGAACGGGAGCGGGGGUCCGGGCGGGUUCCUGAGCCAGGCGGGCACGGCCACGCUCCCUCGGAACUACCACUACCCCGAUGGCUACGGCCGCCCCUACGAGGAUGGGUACCCAGGCAGCGACCACAGCUACGGCAGCCUGUCCCGUGUCACCCGCAUCGACGAGCGCUACCGCCCUUCCAUGGACACCUACCGAGCCCCCAGCCGCCAGGACAUCUACGGCCCCCAGCCUCAAGUGCGCGUCGGGGGCAGCAACAUGGACCUGAACCACUUCCACCCCGAGCCAUAUGGCCUGGAGGAUGACCAGCGCAGUGUGGGCUUCGACGAUGCGGACUACGGGCUCAUGUCCGACUACGGCACAGCCCGGCGGGCAGGGACCCCAUCCGAUCCCCGUCGGCGGCUCAGGAGUUAUGAGGACAUGCUGGUGGAUGAGGUGGCUCCUGACCGGUACUACUGGGCGCCCCUGGCCCAGCACGAGCGCGGCAGCUUGGCCAGCCUGGACAGCCUGCGGAAAGGAGGCCCCGGCACAGGGAGCUGGCGCCAGCCGGAGCUGCCAGAGGUUAUCGCCAUGCUCAGCUUCCGCCUGGACACCGUCAAGUCCAACGCAGCCGCUUACCUGCAGCACCUCUGCUACCGCAACGACAAGGUGAAGACGGAGGUGCGCAAGCUGAAGGGCAUUCCUGUGCUCGUGGGGUUGCUGGACCACCCCAAGAAAGAGGUGCACUACGGAGCCUGCGGAGCCCUCAAGAACAUCUCCUUCGGCAAGGACCAAGACAAUAAGAUUGCCAUCAAGAACUGCGAUGGGGUGCCUGCUCUGGUUCGCCUGUUGCGGAAGGCCCAUGACAUGGACCUCACGGAGGUCAUCACGGGAACACUGUGGAACCUGUCCUCGCACGACUCCAUCAAGAUGGCCAUCGUGGAUCAUGCCCUACAUGCUCUGACCGAUGAGGUGGUUAUUCCCCGUUCAGGCUGGGAGAGGGAACCCAAUGAGGACUCCAAACCCCGCCACAUCGAGUGGGAGUCGGUGCUCACCAACACCGCUGGCUGCCUUAGGAACGUGAGCUCGGAGCGGAGCGAGGCCCGUCGGAAGCUGCGGGAGUGUGAUGGGCUGGUGGAUGCCCUCAUCUACAUCGUCCAGUCUGAGAUCGGCCAGAAGGACUCGGACAGCAAGCUGGUGGAGAACUGUGUGUGCCUUCUGAGAAACUUGUCCUACCAAGUCCACCGGGAGAUCCCCCAUGCUGAGCGCUACCAGGAGACACCUCUGGCCCCUGCCAACAACGCCGGGCCCCACGCUGCAAGCUGCUUUGGUGCCAAGAAGGGCAAAGGUAAAAAGCUCCCAGAAGACCCUGGUGCUGAAACAGUGGAUUUUCCCAAAAGAACAACUCCAGCCAAAGGCUACGAGCUCCUCUUCCAGCCAGAAGUGGUUCGGAUAUACAUCUCCCUGCUGAAGGAAAGCAAGACCCCAGCAAUCCUGGAGGCUUCGGCGGGAGCCAUUCAGAACCUGUGUGCUGGCAGUUGGACGUAUGGGCGCUGCAUCCGUGCGGCUCUGCGCCAGGAGAAGGGGCUCUCCGCCAUCGCCGACCUCCUGAGCCAUGACAGUGAGCGCGUGGUGAAAGCUGCAGCCGGAGCCCUGCGCAACCUGGCUGUGGACCUGCGCAACAAGGAGCUGAUAGGUAAACAUGCCAUCCCCAACCUAGUGAAGAAUCUGCCCGGAGGCCAGCAGACCCCAGCCAAAAAUCUCUCUGAGGAUGCAGUGGUGUCAAUCCUCAACACCAUCAAUGAAGUCAUUGUAGACAACCUUGAGGCUGCCAAGAAGCUGCGGGAAACUCAGGGGAUCGAGAAGUUGGUGCUCAUCAACAAAUCUGGGAACCGCUCCGAGCGAGAGGUCCGAGCGGCCGCCCUUGUCUUGCAGACAGUCUGGGGAUAUAAAGAGCUGCGGAAGCCGCUCGAGAAGGAAGGCUGGAAGAAGUCGGAUUUCCAGGUGAACCUGAGCAACACCUCUCGGACCCAGGGAGGCAACUCCUUUGAUGACAGCACCUUGCCUCUCAUUGACAGGAACCAAAAAACAGACAAGAAAUCCUCCCGGGAGGAGAUCCAGAUGAGCAACAUGGGACCAGACAACUAUUCCACACUCAAUGAGCGGGACCACAGCAGGACACUGGACAGAUCUGGUGACCUUGGAGAUAUGGAGCCGGUGAAGGCAGCGCCCUUGAUGCAGAAGAUCUAGCUGUGACCUCCCUGCCUCCACUCAGUUUGGGUUGAUAAUAUAUUAUAUAUAUAAAUAUAUAUAUAUAUAACUCUUUGUGGUGGAAUGGACCGACUUUGACCUUGUCUUAUUCCUGGAGUUUCUGCUGGACUGUUGGUGCCAAUUCGCCAGCCAAACGCCUGGGCCCAGGGGCAGCCCGGACUCUGCCUCCCCUGGGCCACUGCACCUCCUGUUCCGGGACGCCUCGACCCAUUGCUCUUCCUCCCCAUCCUCCACCACCUCCUUCCUCCAGCGUUGAAUCCCUCCUGCCCAACUCUGCCGGAUCGACCGGCGUGGAUGCUGCAAACGAACUCUGGAUCUCUGCCUUGACCAGGAACUGCCUUCUCUCCCACAUCUUCCCUCUGCUCAGAUGCCUGCAGGGACGGAGACUGGGACCUCACGUGCCACCACCUUUUUGAUUUGGUUUUGUUGCCUAUAGGAUAUAUUUUUGUGCAGGAUGACUCUUCAGCCAGGGCUGUGGGGACAACGGGAGCAUCCCUCCCUGGUGGCGGUGGGACCAGGGUGAGGGAGGCUGUGAGGGGAAGGAAAAACAGCAAUAACUUCUCUUGCUUUGCUCUAAAUAAGGCUUCGGGGGCAUGGGAAGGAGGACCUGGCUCUGGUUCCUGCAGAGGAGUCUGCAUGGGGCUGCUGGCCCCCACUGUGUGAGGAGGAAUCCUUACAUGGGGAAGAUGGUCAGUGCGAGGGGCUUGGGAUGAGCCUCCCUGCACAGGAGGUGGUGGGUCCCUGUGGGGAGGCAGCUUCUUGGGUGUCCUGUGUGCCCGGGGUGAGGAGCAGGCGCUGGCGGGGCUGCCACUGCCCUGCCUCCUCGUGACAUGUGCCUUUCUUUUGCCACUGUGAAAUAGCUCUUGGAAUCGUACUGUUGGCUUCGCUGGGGAAGGGUGUCCAGGCUCCUGGCAGAGCUGAGCUCGUCCCUUCCCCGCUAGGAGCCUCCACUGGCUGCGGUGGGGCUGGAAGCCCAUUUGGGGGGAUCCCAGCCCCGCUGUCCUCACUGAGGGGAUGCAGGUCUCUUCGGGAGGCUGGGCUGCCCCAGGGGCUGGGGCAAACACAUCCUCCUCUCUGUGGUGGUGGUGGCACAUUCAGUGCUGCGAUCCUCGGGGAGCUCUCGGGCUCCCUGCACAACUGGAAGCCUCUGCAGGAGGCUGCAACUGGAGCAGGAGCCGCUGGGGUCCUGCUCCUGCCUGCGCCUCCAGCCCCCCCCCAGCUCCCGCCCGGCUCCAGCCCUCCCUCAGCUCAUUCGGUUUGUUCUGGGGUUUAACUCUUCCUUUAACGAUGUAAAACACUAAUUCCUUUUUUUAACGUUUAAUUCCAAAUGAACCAAAAAGCAGCUCCCCGCGGGGGGGGCGGGGCCGGGGCUGCCCCUCCCCCCGUGCACACUCUUGUAACGCUUUUCCAACGAGAUGAUUUUUUAUAUAAAUAAAGUUUUUAAAGUGUG